AUGUCGCAAUUACCUCACGUAUUGAGCAGUCAAGACGAAAGUUUAGAUCUCGAAAAGGUCUCCACAGCCCACAAAGAAGAACUAAACACCAAAGAACCCCAUUCCCAGGCCAAUUCCUUAGACUGGGAUGGCCCCGAAGACACCGACAACCCAAAGACAUGGAGUCUCAAAAAGCGUAUCUUCCACAGUGUCAUUCCCGGUCUCUUUAAUUUUGUUGUAUCUCUCGGAACCUCAAUAUACACUCCGGGCGUCCCCCAAAUUAGCAAAGAUUUCCACGUGACGCCCACAGUAGCCCUGCUGGGUCUUUCUGUGUACUCACUUGGUCUUGGCCUCGGCCCGAUCAUUGGUGCUCCGAUAUCAGAGACGCAAGGCCGGAAGGCGGUGUAUGUGUUGACGCUCCCGUUGUCACUACUUUUCACCCUCGGCGCCGGGCUGGCACAGAAUUUCGAGACAUUACUGGUGUGUAGGUUCUUGUCUGGGGCAUUUGGAAGCCCGGCUUUGGCGGUUGGCGCUGGCACAAUUGCGGAUAUAUGGGUGCUUGAAGAGGGCGGUGGGUUGGCGACUGUGCUGGUUAUUCUGGCACCGUUUAUGGGACCGGCCUUGGGCCCUCUUAUUGGCGGUUAUACGGUGCUUCACCGUUCGUGGGAAUGGUUGAUGUGGGCGCUCCUUAUCGUCGGGCUUCCGAUUUACCUCUUAACCUUCCUCACCUCCGAGACGUAUAAAAAGGUCAUUCUCGCCCGGCGGGCCAAGUCUCGUGGUAUUCCGGUCCCACCGGGACCAACAGGUGUUCAAGCUGCUAAGGUGCUGCUCACAAUUACACUCAUCCGGCCGCUUCACAUGCUAGUUACCGAGCCCAUUGUUGGGUUCAUCUCGCUCUACGCUGCCUUUUCGUUCGGCGUCCUAUUCGCAUUCUUUGCGUCUUUCCCAUACGUCUUUGGGGCCGUGUAUGGCUUUGAUAGCGGUUCUGUAGGCCUUGCAUUUCUAGGGCUGUUGUUUGGGCUGUUUUUGGCAGUGGGGACGUUUGCUGUGUUUGAUAGGACGUGGUAUGCAGCGGCGAGGGAGAAGGCCAAGUUGGAAGGAAAGGCGACGGAACCAGAACAUAGAUUAUAUGCGAGUAUGGCCGGGUCUUUAGGGAUCCCAAUUUCACUCUUUUGGUUUGCCUGGUCUGCAAAGAGAGAUGUGCAUUGGAUUGUACCAAUACUUGCUGGAAUCCCGUUUGGCUGGGGAAAUCUUUGUCUUUUUCUUGGAACAACAACUUACCUUGUGGAUGUGUACCACGCCCUCAACGGUGCGUCUGCAAUGGCUGCCAAUGGGCUUCUGAGGUAUACAUUUGGCGCGGUGUUUCCUCUGUUCACUGUACAAAUGUAUAGAGGACUUGGGAUUCCAUGGGCGGGAAGUCUAUUAGGAUUCUUCAGUCUUUUGUUGCUGCCAAUUCCUUGGGUAUUGUUCAGGUGGGGCGAUAAAAUCAGGCAGAGGAGCUCUUAUCCCACUGGUCAGAAUAUUACUAGGUGA